AUGGAUGUACGAAGACUUGAAUGUGUUAAUCUUGAUACCGAACUCUCUUCUUUCUCCAUCACAAGGGACCCCGGAUACAAGUUCUUCCUCGAGGGACUCAUCUGUUCCUUGCGGGUCAACGUCAUUAUCCUCGACAAAUAUGCGCCAGCCUGUUCCAUACUUCUUCUCCAACGUUCUGCUCGCGACAGCAACUCCGGGUGCUGGGAACCGCCUGGCGGCAAGGUCCACUACGACGACAAAACUUUACGUGAAGCUGCUCAACGCAAGGUUGAGAAGAAAACUGGCAUAACUGGAUUCAAGUUCUUUGAUACUGUGCCAAUCAAGAUGUGGGACACUUCGAAGGCUGAGGGAGUACGUUGCUGGAUUAAUUUCACGUUUCUUGCGAGUGUCGAUGGGCAGUCUGGGUGGCAGGAAAGCAUACGUUCGGCGGAAGAGGAGCAUCGAGUUUUGAAGUGGGUCACAAAGGGUGAUAUAUUGGGAAUGGAGGAGACUGCAUUCAAUGGAAACCAUCUGGAGACUAUCCUCGAGGUAUUUGAUUUUGUGGAAAAUGCAAUUGGCGCAAGCUAG